AUGGCCAUCCUCCAGACCCAGCAGACGCCCAAAGAGGACCAGGAGGGGCAUGACGAGGUCCUCCACGAUGGCCGCCAGCGAACGCCGGUUCCCAAAGAUCCGUCCCAGCUCCUGACGCACCCAGGGAGUGAAGCCGAUUUUAGCUCUUCAAGCAGCAUGGGCGGUAUUUCAGCGCCUGAAGUCCACGUGUCUGCUGCUGGAAGCAAAAGAUCUUCUUUUUCUCUCAACCGUGGCCCUUAUGGUCGGAAUAAUGGAUCCUUAUCCUACAAGUCCAGAGCCAGCCCACCUGCUUCUCGUGAAAAGGACCCUUUGUCAAGACUGGGCAAAAGCCAGCUGUGUCCUGCUAACGUCCACCAGAAUUACGGGGCUUCUUCAGCCAGCAGGAGCAAGCCAGGCUCAUGCAAAGGAAGCGACAGCAGCUCAGUGAUGAGGCAAGUCUUUAUUUCAGCAUGCCAGUGUUCAGCACGCUGACUUACCGUCUCUGCACGGUACAUUUCUUGUGGUGACAAUCACAGCAUGAAGCCAGAAAAUCCAGAGCAGUGCUUGACUCCUCUGCAGCAGAAGGAACUUACAGUGCGGCAUUUGAAAACAAAGCUGAAGGAAUCUGAGAGCAAACUUAAAGAAAGGGAAAUGGAAAUAGAAGAACUCAAAGCUCAGCUGGGACGGAUGAAGGAAGACUGGGUUGAGGAAGAGUGUCAUCGUGUGGAGGCAGAGCUGGCCGCCUUGGAAGCAAGAAGGGAAGUUAAACAACUCAAGCAGGUUAUUGAAAGCAUGAAAAACAGCUUGGCUGAGAAAGACAAAAAAAUGCAGCAAUACUUCAUAGACAUUAGCAUUGAAAACAAGAAACUGGAAUCUUUGCUGCAGAGCAUGGAGAUGGCUCAGAGCAGCUCUGUGAGAGAUGAGCAGUGCCUGGAGCACAGGUGUGACUCAGAGGGGAAGCCGUUGGUGUUGUGUGCCACAGUGCCAGACAGCCUCACCACAGAGGACCAAGCUCUGAAGGAGGUGGCAGAUAGUGGGCUGCUUCUUAAUGAGGGCACAGCUAACGGGACUGAUUCCUGUGAAGACAGUUUGACCACCAUAACCUCCGAGUUGAGUGAUCCAGCUCCCUCCAGUUCUGCUCUGAAUCAAGAGAUGCUUGAAAAUGUUCUGGAUGAGAAACUAACUUCUUCCCGGGAGGAGGAGAAAGUCAGCAAUGUGAUGGUGGAGCAGGCCAUCCAGACUGACGUGGUGGCAUCUAGCCUAGAUGUGGAGCAGCUCAUUCAAAACAUCUUCAGAGCUCAAGAUGCCUGUCCUCUAAGCCCACCGUCUUCACUGAAGGAACUGGGUGAAUUUUCUCCUGGAAGGUUCAGUGACUCUGGUAUCGUAGUGGACUUAACUCCAAGUCAUCUAAACGCUGCCAUCCUUUUGUCACCUAUGGAGUCUCCAUGCAGGAAGGUGGAGCACGGAGUUAAUGAAAACUAUUUCGUGAAAGAACGUGAUUUUACAGAACCUCCUGAUGAUGAAGCCUUUGGGUAUGUCAAGACAGGAAUAAAGAAGAGAUACUGUAGCACCCCUGUUGUACCAACUAUCCUGUGGGCUUUCCGUACUCGGAGAGGAGGAACAGAUCCCGUUUACAGUAUUGGAGCAUUGCUUUGUGUUUGUGGCCUGGUGGCCCUGCACUCUACACCAUACACCCUUCGAGAUGAAAACCUGAAGUCCACUCCACCCCUGGGCACCGGCUGGCUGAGGCAGAGAGAAAGAGGGCACAUCUGCACAGCGAACAUUACCAGGGAAAUCAAGGAGAAUUACAGCUAG